AUGCAGGCAGCUAUGCGCACCUCUGCGCGGGCGACUCGUCAGUGCAACACUCGUCGCUGCCUUCCCCGCGCUCAACGAGUUGUCGCCCAUGCCCAUCCAAUGAAGGUGGCUGUGACGGGCGCGGCGGGCCGCACCGGUGGCCUAGUUGUGAAGAAACUGGUGGAGCGGAAGGACCAGUUCGAGGCACGCGCGGUGGUGCGCAACGCCUCGUCAAAGUCCAAGCUGGCGGGGCUCCCCGACACGGCGAUCUUUGAGGUGGACCUGGCGCGGGGUGGCGCGGACGCCUUCCUGCCCGCCUUCAGCGGCUGCGACGCGGUGGUUAUUGCCACCUCGGGUGUGCCGGUGCUCAAGCCGCUCAGCCUCAUCCCUGUGUUCUGGGCCAAGCUGACUGGCAAGACGGGCGUGUCACCGGAGUUCAGCUGGAAGGAGGGCCAGUUCCCGGAGCAGGUGGAUUGGCUGGGCCAGAAGGCGCAGAUCGAUGCUGCCAAGAAGGCGGGCGUCAAGAAGGUGGUGUUGGUCAGCUCUAUGGGCGGCACUGACCCCUCCAACAACCUGAACAAGCUGGGCGGCGGCAACAUCUUGCAAUGGAAGCGCAAGGCGGAGCAGUACCUGAUUGCUUCUGGCCUCACGUACACCAUCAUCCACCCCGGCGGCCUGAUUGAUGAGCCGGACGGCCAGCGUGAGAUCCGUCUGGGUGUGGACGACACCCUGAUCAAGGAAACUGUGCGCAGCAUCCCCCGUGGCGACGUGGCGGAGCUGUGCGUGCAGUCGCUCAAGCUCAAGGCUGCUGAGAACAGGGCCUUCGACUGCGUGUCACGCAAGCCUGGCGACGGCCAGCCCACCAAGGACUUCGAGGCGCUGCUGACGGGCAUGCCCAAGAACUGCGAUUACAGCAUUAACAGCCAGUAUCCCUGAUUGAGUGAUCGGGUUGUCCAGGGUGCUAGACACGGGUGCUAGAGGACGGGCGCGCGCGUGGUUGCGUUAUGACCUUGUACCAGUGUGCGGUGCGGUGCGGCUGAGCAGUUUUAAUCGGGCAUUUUGUGCUUGUCGGUGAAGAGUAAGAUGCAUGGUGUGACAUGAGUGGAGAAGGGAAGCAAGCAUACACGAGCGCAAUGAACACCCUUGGCGAUAUGGCAAGUAAUGCAAGCCCCGCAAUUUUGACGCAUGGUGUUAUGCCCGCUUCGUGGCGGGUUGCCUAGCUCUUAUCAACUGAUGACCGCCGGAACCAGGGGAGGCGAGAACGCGUGGGCGGUUGGGUACAUUACUUGAUGUCUGUAGUAGUGUGUCUGAUGGAGCUUGGUUCAAGAACAUGUGCAGGUUCCGUUAGCCCAGGAGGCCCCAAGACUCCCAGCACGGACUAAACAUACGUGUGGUACGUGCUGCAUUGGGGCAAUGGGGACAGCCCUGCUCCCCUUGUAACUGGUACUGAAU